AUCCUUUCGGUGCAGGCCGGCAGGGCCCCUGCGGUCGGCAAGCUGGCUCCCCGGGUGGCCACCGGGACCCCCGAGCCCAAUGGCGGGGGCGGCAGCAAAAUCGACAGCACUGUAGAGAUCACCCCCAGCCCCAACGGAGUCGGGACUCUCGGAGAUGCGGUGCCCACGGAGCAGCUGCAGGGUGAGCGGGAGCGCGAGCGCGAGCGGGAGGGGGAGGGCGACGCGGGCGGCGACGGAAUGGGCAGCAGCCUGUCGCUGGCCGUGCCCCCCGGCCCCCUCAGCUUUGAAGCGCUGCUCGCCCAGGUGGGGGCGCUGGGCGGCGGCCAGCAGCUGCAGCUCGGCCUCUGCUGCCUGCCCGUGCUCUUCGUGGCGCUGGGCAUGGCCUCAGACCCCAUCUUCACCCUGGCGCCCCCACUGCAUUGCCACUACGGGGGCUUUGCCCCCAAUGCGUCUGGCUGGGAGCAGCCCCCCAACGCCAGUGGCGUCAGCGUCGCCAGCGCGGCCCUAGCAGCCAGCGCCGCCAGCCACGUCGCCACCAGUACGGACCCGUCGUGCAGCGGCUUCGCCCCGCCGGACUUCAACCAUUGUCUCAAGGACUGGGACUAUAAUGGGUUGCCGGUACUCACCACCAACGCCAUCGGCCAGUGGGAUCUAGUGUGUGACCUGGGCUGGCAGGUGAUCCUGGAGCAGAUCCUCUUCAUCCUGGGCUUUGCCUCUGGCUACCUGUUCCUGGGCUACCCCGCGGACAGGUUCGGCCGUCGAGGGAUUGUGCUGCUGACCUUGGGGCUGGUGGGCCCCUGUGGAGUGGGAGGGGCUGCUGCAGGCUCCUCCACAGGUGUCAUGGCCCUCCGAUUCCUCCUGGGCUUUCUACUUGCCGGAGUUGACCUUGGUGUCUACCUGAUGCGCCUGGAGCUGUGCGACCCAACCCAGAGGCUUCGGGUGGCCCUGGCAGGGGAGUUGGGGGGGGUGGGGGGGCACUUCCUGUUCCUGGGCCUGGCCCUUGUCUCUAAGGACUGGCGAUUUCUGCAGCGAAUGAUCACCGCUCCCUGCAUCCUCUUCCUGUUUUAUGGCUGGCCUGGUCUGUUUCUGGAGUCUGCAAGGUGGCUAAUAGUGAAGCGACAAAUUGAGGAGGCCCAAUCCGUGCUGAGGAUCCUGGCUGAGCGGAACCGGCCCCAUGGGCAGAUGCUGGGAGAAGAGGCGCAGGAGGCCCUGCAGGACCUGGAGAACACCUGCCCUCUCCCUGCAACAUCCUCCUUUUCCUUCGCUUCCCUCCUCAACUACCGCAACAUCUGGAAAAAUCUGCUUAUCCUGGGCUUCACCAACUUUAUUGCCCACGCCAUUCGCCACUGCUACCAGCCUGUGGGAGGAGGAGGGAGCCCAUCGGACUUCUACCUGUGCUCCCUGCUAGCCAGCGGCACAGCAGCCCUGGCCUGUGUCUUCCUGGGGGUCACCGUGGACCGAUUUGGCCGCCGGGGCAUCCUGCUACUCUCGAUGACCCUCACAGGCAUUGCAUCCUUGGUCCUGCUGGGCCUGUGGGAUUAUCUGAACGAGGCUGCCAUCACCACCUUCUCUGUCCUUGGCCUCUUCUCCUCCCAAGCUGCUGGCAUCCUCAGCACCCUCCUUGCUGCUGAAGUCAUCCCUACCACUGUCCGGGGCCGAGGCCUGGGCCUGAUCAUGGCACUGGGGGCUCUUGGAGGGCUGAGUGGCCCAGCGCAGCGCCUCCACAUGGGCCAUGGAGCUUUCCUGCAGCAUGUGGUACUGGCAGCCUGUGCCCUCCUCUGCAUCCUCAGCAUCAUGCUUCUGCCGGAGACCAAGCGCAAGCUCCUGCCCGAGGUGCUCCGGGAUGGGGAGCUGUGCCGCCGGCCCUCCCUGCUGCGGCAGCCACCCCCUAACCGCUGUGACCAUGUCCCACUGCUCGCCACCCCCAACCCUGCCCUCUGAGUGGCCUCUGAGCACCCUGGCAGGAGGCUGGCUCGUACUGAAAGGUGGCAUAAGGCCCUGGCAAGCAGGUUGGGAGGACUGAGUGAGGAAGACAGGGCUGCCCAGAAGGCUCAGAGGCACCUCACGCCAGCCAUCAAGGAGGGCUCAGAGGGCUGUCCCCACCCCCAUCUCCUCCCUGCUGCUUUGUGUUCACUUCCUUGGCAAGAGUCAGGGGACAGGGAGUGAGCUCCACAGUGUAACCACUAGGUCUGGGCUCCAUCCUGUGCCCAAAGACAUCCUCCCAGACCUCAUUCUUUCUUGCUCUAUCAUUCUGUUUCAAUAAAGACAUUUUGAAUAAAUGAGCA